UCGAUUUAUUGACAAAUGAUAACAAGAAAAUUUUACAAUAAACAACCCAUAAAAAAAUUAACAAAUAAAUAAACAAUUUAUGGCUUUGCUUCUUGGCGAAGUGUCGCUCGUAGGGACCCUGUAGGAUGCACGGCCUCAUGUAGAAUUAAAAUUCUAUAUUUAGGUUACCUAUAGUCCCUCUAGUUUAAAAAGCUAAAUGAAUAGAGGGAAAAAACAGCAUGUUCAUGGCGAAUUCACGGGGUGUUGUGUAGGCGAACCAUGUCUUCGAUCACUAUAAACUUGGAGAUAGGACACGAAGCUUCAUUGAGAGAAAAAACUACGACUGAGGGAUUCACCCACGAUUGGGAAGUGUUUGUUAGAGGGUCUAACGGGGCUGACAUCAGACACUACGUUGAUAGAGUUGUCUUUCACUUGCACGAGACUUUUGAGAAACCCAAGAGAGUUUUAAAAGAUCCACCAUACUCAGUGAAAACUUCGGGUUAUGCCGGGUUCAAUCUACCAAUUCAAGUCUAUUUGAAAAAUAGCUCAGAGCCCAGAAAGAUUCAAUUUAACUAUGAUCUACGGCUGCAACCCAGCGGUCCCCCAAUACAUGAAAUUCAGAAGGAAAAGUAUACAUUUUAUUCAGUCACUGAAGAUUUUCGCAAUAAGUUAUUGAAAGGUGGUGCUGUGGUGGGAUCAGGUUCGAGUUCCACAGAAAAUUCAAUAAAUCAUUCAAGUAAGUCAGACGACAAGACCCAAAUGACCAGUAAACCCAAAUUGAGCGGUUCUGAACAACCCAAAAAGUACAAACUGAAACCCGAGGAGCCAAGAAGUGAUCAAUUUACUAAUUUAUUUGGCACUCCUAUUACCAAAACCAGUCGGGUUGUAGAUGUACCUAAAAUUAAGGAACCUCCAAAGCCAGUAGUUAAAGCUAGUGAUAAAGAUAAGGGUGAUAAAAGCACAGACAAGGAUAAAACUAAAAAAAGUCCUUACAAAGAUAAGGAUAAAGACAAAGAAAGAGAUAAAUCUGCAAAUAAAGAAAAGGAAAAACAGACUGAUAAUAGCAAUAUCGACAGAAAAUCCAAGGAUGACAAAAAAGAAAAACGAGAAAAAAAAGAUAGGGAACAUAGCAAGAAAGAUAAAAAAGAGCGGAGAGAUAGGGAGAAGGAAAAAGAACGAGAGAGGAGUCCUAAACCAAAAAGCCCAAGUCCUAAAAGAUCUCCUAAAAGGCCAAGAAGUCCUUCACCUGUUAAAAUUAGCAAUAAGGAACGAGAACCCACAAAAGAAAAAGAACCCAAAGAAUCACGCGACAAAGACAAAGAAAAGAAGUCCAAAAAACACAAAGAAAAAGAAAGUAAACACAGAGAUAGAGACAAAGAGAAAGAAAGGGAUCGCGAUAGGGAUAAAACCAGUGAACAUAAGGACUAUAAAAAUAGGGAAAGUAAAGCCAAUAAAGAAAAAGAAAAUUCUAGUAGCAGUAAUGGCACCAUCAUGAGUGCUUCCAGUAAGGAGAAGGAAAGAGAAUCUAGUCCAAUGGUUAAUACUCAGUUGCAAAAACCUGAAAAAAAGGAAAAGAUCAAAGAAAAAGAUGACAAGUUGGAAGAGUCGCCGAAAUUGAAAGACAAGGAAAAAAGUGAUGACAAACCUAAACAUAAACACAAAAAAAAGGACAAAGAUCGUAAAGAGAAGAAAGAAAAAGACCGAGAAGAAAAAGCCCAUAAGAAGGAAGAGAGGAAACUUGAAAAAGAGAAAUUUUCAGUGAUGAACUUUGUAAAGGAAAUUUCUUCUAAGGAAAGGGAUAAAACGAACAACCUUUUUGGCAGUAGCCCCAAAAGUGAACCCUCACCCAGUCCGCCUCCUAGUGAAAUUGAACCGGAAAAAAUGAUGGCACCUCUCGAUGAUGAGUCGUCAAAUGCCUCCAAAAUGAGUAGCAGAGAACCCAGUCCUGUACCGGAACCACUUCCACCUGCACCACCUCCAAGGUCACCUUCGCCUCCACCUAUCCAAGAACCACCAAAGAAGCCUUCGACACCGGAAGAAGCUCAUAUUAGCAAAAAGUCACGAGAAGCUGAUACUCCUAUUAAGAAAAAAGACAAAAAAGAAAAGAAAAAAGAUAAGAAGAGCGAUAAGGAUCACGAGAAAAAGCGGAAGAGGAAAGCGGAAGCUGAUACACAGGUUGAAAUAGAACAGCCACCGGCCAAAAUGGACAAGAAAGAGGAAGACACCAACAAUAAUUCAGACGAUGAAAGGAAAGUUUCAAGCACAGAAGAUGCCAAUCCUCUUCCUUAUAGUGAUGAUGGCGAAGCAUAUAUGAGUAUGCUCCGCGAUCUUCAAACGAAAAUCAUGGGCCUGAAAGACAAUUCGGACCUGCAAAAGGUCGUGCAACUGAUCGCCGAAACUGGCAAGUACGAAGUGUCUGCGCACACCUUCGAUUUUGACUUGUGCCUUUUGGACCGGUCGACUGUGAUGCAGCUGCAGUCGUUUUUCUCUUCGGUGAAUUAAGAUUCGGUAUAGUACGGGUGCAAGCGCUAGAACCAUUGAAAAUGGGCAAUUGUGUUUUUUUUUUUUGAGAGAGUUAAUAGAUCUGUUUCUAUGUUUUGAAGAGGACUUUUUAGGAUUUAUAUCAUCUCUGUUUCAACCAGGGUAUCUUUUUGCAAUAUUUAUUUGUUUAUCAAUAUGUACAUAUAUUUUUCAAACAUCACAAGUCAGUAAAGGUAUUCUUAUUAGCAGACCCUACUGUUUAUAAGGCACUAUAUUAUAACUACACAGAUCAAGUUAUAUAUUUCUGUAAAUAUAUUUUGAAAAGUUGUAAAAGCAAAAGGCGAAUUUAUCGGGGUUGAUUAAAAUUUUUGUUAUUUUCUACAGAUUGUGAAUAGGAUAUUGCUAAUAUUGUCGAAAUAUUUUCCAUUAGACAGUAGUUAUUUAGGAAAACACAAUGCAUGGAAUAUUGGUAUCUCUGCAUAUAAUAAAUUAUACAGGUAAUUUUCUCAAUAUACUCAAGUUUGAAAUUCUUCAAAGUUCUUGAUUCCUGCUAUCAUUUCUAACUCAGAGGACAUUUUCUAUAAACUUCUCUUUGAUUAAUAUAUUAUGUAGAUAUACACAAGAAAUUUAUGGAUACAUACAUAAUAUUAUGUUCAUUUUUGUAUAUUAAUUUUUUUUAAAUUUUAGACAUUGCCCCUUUAUUGAUAUUUUUGUUAAACCUCUUGGAGGUGAUUUUUUAAGUAAUGCUGUGCAUUUUUUAGGUGUGAUAUACGAGAUAUAAUUAUGCUGUUUAUUGUUAGUUAACUUUUGCUUAAUUGACUGAAUAGAUUAGUUGGAAUUUUGGACCUUAAAUUAAAAUGUUUCAAAAAUUAGAGUUUAUUAAAGGUUAUAAUAUGAAAGUUGUUAUCCCUUUUCUUAAGUUAUUUAUUUAUUUCCUGACCAAAUACAAAGUUGGCGAAUAAAAUACACAUAAAAUUUGGAUAAAGAAAUAUUAAUUAAAAUGAACAAAGGCAAUGAUAAUAUGUAAUUAAAAAUGAUGAAUCAAAAAAUAUCCAAAUGAAUGAUAACUCCAAUAGUGAUAUUCAUCCCAUGGUAUCUAAAUUAUCGAAUGUAUUUGAAUGUGUGAGAUAUUAUUUCCGUACUUUGUUGAGUAUAUUAUAUUCUAGCCAAAUAAACUCGAUUUUGCAUUUAUUUUUUCAGUAAUAUUUAUUGCAUAACGAAAUCUAUUCAGUAGUAUUUAAAUUGUGCGUUAAAAGUUACGAAUUUGUAAAUAUGUAAUACUUUUUACAUGUUGGUAGUAUUUUCAGCAUUGAGCUUUCAAAUUGCAGAAGCCGAUACUUUAAUAUUAGUUGAUAUGAAGCAUAUUAACUAACAUCAAAAUAUUACUAACUCAAUGGCAAAUUCUGAUAUUCAAAAAGCAAAAAAUAUAAAGUCAUUAACUAUGCGAAAUGUAAAUUCUGGAAAUACUGUCAAUACAAUAUUAAAAAAUGAAUUAUCCUAAUAAUGAUAGUACUUUUUAUAAAUUGAACUAUAAGGUGUAGUGUAGGAUCCAGAAUACUGAUAGUAUAUAACAUUUAAUGUAUAUAUUAUGACCUAAAACCAAUAAAUUAUUAAUAAAUUGA